UGAGUCUGUGUUUGGCCGCUGCGUCCAGUUUGCGCAAUUCAGAGAAGAGCAGCUUGUUCAGUGGCCCCGAUCCGUUCGUGGUUCGGUCCACGGUGUCAUCGUGCAUCAGUAUGGGAACCCCAUCAGCCGUGAACUCCAGGUCCAGCUCCACACCCAUGGCUCCAUUCUCACUCGCCUUUCAUUGAGAAAUGAGAGUCAUCGUAAGAGGAAGAAACCAGUGCUUGGGAUGAUGUCCACACGGUUAAUCCACGUUUCCCGUCUUCCUCUCUAUGGGUGUCAUCGUGCGGGACAGUAUGUGGGUCGACGGAUGCCCAUCAAAGUCACACACACCGUACAGAUCCAACCCGCGUCCUUCUCCUCUGACCUCGUCUCAAGGAAAUACAGUCCAAUUUACACUUUUCCGGCUAUCAAAGGCCUGCGGGCGCUCUCUAGACUCAAGCUGAUGCAGACGGGCAUCACUGUGGUCUUACUGCCGGCGGUGUACUACCUCUAUCUGCAGGGACAGGCGUCAGGACUGCUGUUGGGUUACUCCACAGGCAUCGCCGGGUUCGCCGGCGUCAUGCUGUACUCCAUAAGCCACUACGUCAGACGAGUGGUGGGCAUGAUGUAUCUGGACUCAACGCAGACCGUCUUAAAGGUGUCGCACCUGACCUUCUGGGGUCACAGACGGGACAUGUACGUGCCCGUGUCAGAUAUCAUAACUCUGGGAGAGUCUGGGGACGCCAAAGGAGAGCCCAUCCUGCGUUUGAAGCGCUACAGUUGUUCUGAUACCAUGUACUUCUCCACCAGACUGGGACGAGUGGUGGACAGAAGGGCUUUUGAGAAGCACUUCUCCGUGACAUAUUAUCUCAACAAGAAAUUCUCAUGGAGCAGCAGAAGAAGAUUAUGAGGAUGGUGCAAGAUCUCGAAGCAAACAGGGUUUCUGAGGUCACAGAGACUAACCAUGAAACAUACAGUGAGAACGGAGAAGAUGAAAUGCAAGGUUAAAGAAUCCUGUCCGGUACAAAUAGGAAAUAAACGGGCACCAAAAAUGGACAAACCCUGUGGACGUACCUGUGGAAAGAAAUGUACGAAGAAGAUCCCGUGUGUUAGAAGAAAAUAAAUAUUUGACGCCUAUAAGGACAUGUCACAUAGCGAUAUAGCAUAGCUUUUGGUAUUUCACUCGGUUACCCAAUCACUGAAAACGCGUCUCACGAUGGGACGUCCAAGCAGACGCAACAGGACUUUUCAUUAUUGCCUAAAUAACAGCUUUGGGCAACCUCAAGAAGUUUGCAAAACCUUCUACUUAACCACACUGGAAGACCACCUGAAAAACGAAACCUAUAGGAAAGCCAUAAAAGACAUGAACAUAGGUUUCAGUAAACUUGAGUGAGGAAGAGUGUUUUCAGUUGGUCAUAAAGCCACACUCUGUGUACUUGACAUUACUUUCAUGGUUUAGGAAUAAGUUAUAGAAUGACUUGCAGUUACUUUAAUGUGUAGCAGAUAAAUAU